AUGAGGGGGAGCUCGGGGGUGAAGCGGGUGGGCAAGUACGAGCUGGGGCGGACGCUGGGCGAGGGCAACUUCGCCAAGGUGAAGUUGGGGCAGGACGUGGAGAGCGGGCGGCGCGUGGCGAUCAAGGUCAUGGACAAGGACAGGAUUCUGCAGCACAGGAUGGCGGACCAGAUAAAGCGCGAGGUCUCGAUAAUGAAGAUGGUUCGCCAUCCCAACAUCGUCCAGCUUAUCGAGGUGCUGGCGUCGCGCAACAAGAUCUUCAUGGUGCUCGAGUUCGCGGCGGGCGGCGAGCUCUUCGACCGCAUCGUGUACCGCGGGCGGCUGUCGGAGAGCGAGGCGCGGCGGUACUUCCAACAACUCGUGGACGCCGUCGACUGCUGCCACGCCAAGGGCGUCUGCCACCGCGACCUUAAACCGGAGAACCUGCUGGUGGACGAGCGCGGCAAUCUCAAGGUGUCGGACUUUGGGCUGAGCGCCCUGCCGCAGCAGCAACACCGCGACGGGCUGCUGCACACCACCUGCGGCACGCCCAACUACGUCGCCCCUGAGGUGCUGCACAACAAGGGGUACGACGGGCGCAAGGCAGACGUGUGGUCGUGCGGGGUCAUUCUCUUUGUGCUGCUGGCGGGCUAUGUGCCCUUCGAUGAGCCCGACCUCGUGCUGCUCUAUGACAAGGUGUGCUGCUCUAUGACAAGGUGUGCUGCUGCCAUGAACUCGCUGCACUCAUGCGCAUGCAUGCUCUCACACGUGCUGCAUGCUGCCAGCCCUUUCCUGCAACUGCCUUGCCUCUCUACCCAACAAUCCUCUCCCCUCUCCCUUUGCCCCCAUCCACUCCCCCUCUCCUGCUCUCCUCCACCGGACGCUAUCCCCCCUCCACCAGAUAUCCCGCGCGCACUUCAAGUUCCCCGAGUGGUUCUCCCCCGGGGUGAAGCGCCUCAUCACGCGCAUCCUCAACCCCGACCCCGCCACCGUAUGUAUGCCGCCCCCCUUGACCCCGCCACCGUAUAUAUGCCGCCCUUCUUCACCCCGCCACUGUAUGCCGCCCGCCCUCCUCGCCCCCCGCUCCUGGUCUUCCUGAGUGUCCCCCUGUUCCCUCUCCCCGGACCCCAUCCGUGCGUGCUAACUGCAUGCCACGCGCCACCUCACCGCCUCUCCUUCCUCCGCACGCCCUCAUGCUCCCACCAACCCUUCUUCCGCCCCUCUCUUUCCCAUUCUCCCCUGGCCCCCCCUCCACCUUUCUCCACCCUCUCCUCUUUCCCGCCCCCCUCUCGCGCCCGCCGUGCCGCGGUGGUGUGGCAGCGGCCGGGGCUGGAGGCGAUACGGCGGGACGAGUGGUUUCAGCGCGACUACCAGCGCGCGUACCCUCUGCCCGAUGACACUGAGGGCCAGGGAGGCACUGAGGACGUGCUGCUGCAUGCCCGGGUGAGGGGGGAGGGGGGGAAAGGGGGGGGGAGUGGCAGGGGGAGAGGGGGGCGAGGGAAGGGACGGGAUGGAGAGGGGCAGAGGGAGGGUGGCAUGGUGGUGGUGGAUGUGCUGAUAGGAUGCUUCGCUCUGUGCUGUGCCAUGCCCUCGCCCUGUCCCCAUUCCUCUUGCUUACUCCUCAAGCCUCCGUCCAUUCCCAUUCCUGCCCUGGCGGAGCUGUCUGUGCGAGUGGCGCACUCGCCGUCCCUGCAGGCAUCGCUGCCUGUCUCCCUCAGCCCGCGCACCACUGCAGCAGCCGCACCACUGGCAGCGCUGGGUGGUCGUGAGGCACAGGCAGGGGUAGCGGAGGAGGGGCGGGCAGGGGGUGCAGGAGAGGGGGGGCCGGGAGCGGGGGCAGGGGAGGAGGGGCCGGAGUUGGUGAACGCGUUUGACCUGAUAGCGCGCGCGCACGCGCUGGACUUGGGGGCGCUCUUCCACCGCCGCGCCCACCCCAUUCGGUUGGAGCGACCAGCAACAGCACAAGGGGGGCACCUCACCGUGGUCAUUCAGAUAUUUGAGAUGACAGCGGGGGUGUUCAUGGUGGAAGCACGCAAGGCUGCUGGCGACACCCUCGAAUACCACAAGUGGGCUACUGCGGUCGCCCUCACCGCUCUCCUCUCUACGAAGCUGACUGAUAACUUGAGCGUGUGCGGCAAGUAA